UUACAAGGCGGUAAUUCCGGCACCGAAGCGAAGCAGCAUCGAGGCGAAGCGGCACCGAGGCGAAGCAGCACCGAGGCGAAGUGGCACCGAAGCAAACCAGCACCAAAGCGAAGCAGCACCGAGGCGAAGCGGCACCGAAGCAAAGCAGCACCGAAGAAGCGGCACCGGAGCGAACCAGCUCCGAGGUGAGGCAGUACUGAGAGGCAGCAUUAUCGAGACGCACCAACACCAAGGCAGCGGAGUACCUGGGCUUAGCGGUAAAUAAUUCGUUUCCAUCCGGAACGAAUUGGUCGACGGAGCGAUUAGGAGUAUUCGAUUCCAAACGGAACGAAUCGGGUAGCCGGACGAAGCUAGACCAGACAACGCGUAUGAAAGUGGCCUUGACUCGAACCAACCGGAUCGAGUUGUACGAAAAGGGCACGGACUGACGGCGGUGGCGAUGGAGUCCAGUUCGACACUAGAUGACGACAAUGGCGCAGUCAUCCAUAUUGUGAGAGAAUCGAAGAAAGUAGUCAAGAAGCGAUUGAAAGCAGCUCUGGAAGAAAAUGACGCAUUAAGAGCACGUCUUGCUCAACUCGAGCAAGCAUCAGUUUGCAAUAAGCCUGAGAAUGAUGAAGACAAUCAUCAACAGGAUAUUCAGAAUAGUCCUGUUGCCUUGAGAGAUGAUUCGAAUUUGCUCGCUACAAUGAAUAAUUGGACUUUGAGUACAAUUAAUAUACCAGAGUGUACUCCUUCGGAUGGAGAGACUGAUAUCGAUAAGAGUGCCUUUGAGUAUUGGAAAGACACAUUCAUAUCAUCCAUAAAGUUGGUUAAUUCCACUGACGAAGACACGUUGUUUGGACUUUUUAAAGUCAAGGCUGGACCCAAAUUGCGGGAAAUCUACCAAACGACAGUAACAACCAUCGGAAUGUCAAGUGAGAUCACGAGCCCUUUUUCCAAUGCUAUGGAACGACUCGAUGAAUAUUUCGGCUCUCGGACGUAUAUCCUUGCGCAGAGAGGGAAACUUAUGAACAUGACCCAAACAAGAACAGAGACCAGCAUACAGUUUGUAAGACGUGUGGGAACUGCAGCCAAACUGUGCAAUUACACAGAGGACGAGGAAAUGGAAGCCGUCGUGAGAGUGCUUACCAAAGGAGCAUUAGACGGAAGGGUUCGUGUUUUGGCCCAUAGGAAUUGGGUGAAGGAGGGAUCGAUGAAGGAUCUCAUCGAUCUAGUAAGAGAUCGUGAACUGGAAAAAGCGAAUGAAGACGAAUUUCAAAGAAGUCACACUCACAAGGAAAUGAAAACGAUUGCUGCUUUCUCGCAGUAUACUAACGAAGCGCCGAAUCAGUUCCGUGGCAACUGGCAUCAAAAUUCUGAACACUGGCGUUACGGGGUUAGAGGACGUCAGGGAUCAAACCGUGGAAGAGGACGUGGAAUGUCGAAUCGUGGAUCGCUCAACAACCGAUCAAGUGGAUCUGUCGGUAAUUGCUGGAGAGGUGGCGGUGUUUACCACCAGCCCAGUAAUUGUCCGGUGAUUCAGAAAGUAUGUCGUAACUGUGGUGGGUUAGGCCAUAUCGCGCGAGUAUGUUCGAAGGUUUCAGAGCAGGUAUUACAGUCGGGACCUCGUAAGCGAAGAAAUGACCAUAAAGAAGAGGUUAACGAUUUGAAAAUUGCUGUUAUCGAGAAAAACGGAGAGAUGAAAGAUGAGGCUACUAUUGUGUUGUUGCCAGAAUCUUCAUGCUCAGAACAGAAUAUGAAUUAUGAGGGAAAAUACAGUCAAGCUCUAUAUGAGGAGCAGAAAGAGAAGACCAAUGAAAUUCAGAGUAUAGUUGCCGAAAACAAAGCGUACAUAAGAGCUUACGUAGCGAAGACACCCAUCAAGUUGUUCAUAGACUCGGGUGCCCAGGUCAACACCGUAACCAAACAUGAUUUUGAAAAAAUUCUGGAUAACGCACAUAGCAAGGACAGUCUACUAGCUUUGGAAUAUUCUUCGGAUAAACGGCUGAAGGCCUACGCUUCGGAAGUCGAUAUUAAUGUGAUUGCAAACUUUUCGGCUGAGUUGUUUAUUUCAGAAGACAGGCCCGCUACGAUUGAAAAGUUCUAUGUUGUCGACGAAAGUCGAUCUCUUCUGAGAUUCAAUAGCGGCAGUCCGUACGAUAAGCAUGCCAUCACAGAAAUGUAUAUACUCCUUAUACCAGCUGUGUUCAAGGAACUGACGAAAAAGAAAUUGAAUGAUCUUCUAUAG